UACUGCAUCGCAUUGUUUGUUUUUAAGUGGGCGAAAGGAUGAAUAAUAGAAAUCCAAAUAUAAUAUUUAGUCCACUAAUUAGUUCUAUACAGAAAGUAGUACUCUAUGAAACCAGAACGCGUUUGUAUUUGGUGGGCAGCAACAACCGAGAGACAAGGUUCCGACUCCUGAUCAUCGACCGACUGGCCCUAAAUCGGCUUAGUAUUGAGGAGAAUGCCAAUGAGUUCAACAGCUUGGAAAUUCGGCGUUUCGUGGCCAAUCUACAGGGUUCGCCACGAGUGACAUCAGCGUAUGGAGUCUUGGGCUUUGUCCGUUUUCUCGAGAGCUACUACUUAAUAUUGGUGACUAAACGGAAAUGUUGUGCCCACAUUGGCAUGCAUUUGGUAUACACCAUCAAGGAUACGGUUAUGGUGCGCGUAAAUGAGGUCACAUCUCAGCGUCCACUGCAUCCGCAGGAGGAUCGUUAUAAGCGAAUGUUUCAGAAUAUUGAUUUGCGCAGCAAUUUUUAUUUCUCAUAUUCAUACGAUUUGACCCGGACUUUGCAGUAUAAUGAAUCAGCGCCACGUUAUGUGGGAGCCAAAGUGGAUUUGGAACGAGAUGAACCAUUGCCCGACUGGGAUACAUUAACGAAUAAUGUGGCCCAGGCUCAUGAGCGGGUAGAUUAUGCCUUCCGUUCAGAUUCUAGAAAACGCUUCGUUUGGAAUGCUUACCUCUUGCAGCCCAUGGAAGGCAUAAUGCUAAAGGAUUGGCUUCUAGAAAUUACCCAUGGCUAUGUCAGCCAGUCGUGCAUCAGUGUCUUUGGUAGACAUGUGAAUGUCUGCCUAAUAGCCAGACGUAGUACUCGCUUUGCAGGCACACGUUUCCUUAAGCGAGGUGCCAAUUUCCAAGGUGAUGUGGCCAAUGAAGUGGAAACUGAGCAAAUUGUCAGUGAUGGUCAGAGGUUGUGCUCGUUUACCCAAAUGCGUGGAUCGAUACCGUCGCAUUGGUCGCAGGAUGUGAGUAAAAUGGUUCCCAAGCCCCAGAUUCAGUUAGAUAUCUGUGAUCCUUAUGCCCAGACCCCAUCGAGACAUUUUGAGCGUUUGCUUUUCCAUUAUGGGGCACCGCUGAUUAUGCUUAAUCUGGUCAAGAAACGUGAGCGGCGCAAGCACGAGUCGAUUAUCUCAAAGGAACUCGAGUGUAGCAUAAAAUAUUUGAAUCAAUUUCUGCCUCCGCCUCACCGCAUGAAGCACAUCCAUUUCGAUAUGGCCCGCCGAAGUCGUUUAAGCGGAGGCAAUGUCAUGGAUCAGUUGGCGGUUCAUGCCGAGAGCAUAAUCCAACUCACGGGCAUGUUCUUCAAGGCUCGAGGCAGUGAUCUUAGCUUCCAGACGGGAAUUGUACGUACAAAUUGUGUGGAUUGCUUGGAUCGCACCAAUUCUGCUCAGUUUGCCAUUGGCAAAUGUGCCCUCGGUCAUCAAUUGGAGCGUUUGGGUUUUCUAAAGACAGCUAAGUUGGAAUUCGAUUCGGAUUGUGUUACUAUGCUGGAGCAUCUAUAUGAGGAGCAUGGUGACACUUUGGCUUUGCAAUAUGGUGGCUCGCAGUUAGUUCAUCGCAUCAAAACCUAUCGCAAAACAGCGCCCUGGGGCUCCCAGGGAAAUGAUGUAAUGCAAACCAUUAGUCGCUACUACAGCAAUACAUUCAGCGAUACGGAAAAGCAGCAUAGCAUUAAUCUUUUCCUAGGUCUAUAUAAGCCAAGUUUUACAAAAUUGAAUCAACCCAUAUGGGAGAUGCUGACGGACUAUGAUAUGCAUAAUGCCUUUGUACCCAGCACAGAUAGUCGACCCAUUACGGAUUGGGUGCGUCAUAAGGUGCGUGAGUGUCUACCCUAUGCCUGUGCCGAUUCGCAUAAGCUGGUCAAAGAGCUAUUUCGUGUGCAUACCCACGGUCUGGAAAUGAUUGAUGCUUAUUCCAAUUAUCAUCAGUCGUUCAAAUGGACAGAUCUCAGUGAACAUAUAGCCUUUGAGAUUAGUCAAUUGGCCAUGCGCUAUAUGCCCACUUUUCGCACCAAUUAUAGUCCAUUCCAGAGGCAAAUACAGGCCUCGCGAAAAGCUAGACAGAAUCCAUCGAUGACUGGUCAGAGUUCGACAGGAUCGAUGAAUAGUAAUUCAUCGAGCUCCAGCGAAGGUGAUGACACGUCCAGUGACGAGGACUUGAGCGGUAGUUUUGCCGAGAAAGAGUCAAAACAAACCGAAACCACAGAACCAUCAGUAUUUACAUUGGCCUCAGUGCUGCCGUCAAUGGAGGAGAUAUAUGGCUGUAGCAUCAAUCCUCCCUCAAAGCAGAGCAUGGCCAUCUAUAAGAAAUAUGUGCAAAUAGGCAAAUUGUCAAGUGGCGGAGCACAUUCGACUCAAACAUCUGUUGCUCAGCGGGAUCAGGAAAUGGCUAAAAUGAUGCGUGGCAUUACAUUACGUCCGCUAAGUGAUUAUGGCACCGAUUCCUAUCUCAGCGUGAAGCCGCCAACUGUGCCUGCGAAGAGUAUGGAGAUAUACAAGGAAUACUGUAAGACUCCUCGCAAUUUUAAUGCUGUGCCCGAGAUUGGCGAGUUUAAUGUGCUUUAUAACUAUGUGCAGAGGCUCUAGAAGAUCUUUUGUUAAUGUUUUUUAUAAUUUAUUUAAAUAUAAUAAUUAUUAAUUAUUA